AUGCCGAUUAACUGGCAAGACAAGAACGUAGCAGACCGUAUCCUCGCGGCCAUAAUCGCCUCCCACAAGAACCAGGUAAACCACCACCCACUAUUUCCAGAUCGCUCUUACACCAUCCUUCCUGAUCACAUCUCUAAUCACAUUUCUUUCACCUACCACCCACCACACCCAAACCAAACCAACACACCACUAAUCCCCACCUCCAACCCCCAGAUCAACUGCGCAGAAGUAGCCCGCCUCUUCGGCCAAGAAGCCUCCUACGACGCCAUCGAGGGCUUCCUCCGCAAACCCAAGAAAGUAGCCGCCCAGCUCAUCGAAGAAGCCGAGGGCAAACCAUGUCCAAUGAAGAGUCCGCGUAAGGCGAAGCGCAGCGCAGCAACGCCCAGUCCUAGAAAGCAGCGGGGUUUGUCUUCUGCAGAGAAGGGUGCUGCUGGUUUUAGUGCUGGUGUCACAUCCGGCCGUGUCCAAAAGCACGCCACGACUGUGAAGUCGCCGAGGAAGGAGCAGCAGUACAUCAAGCCCGAACAAGUUGAGGUUAUUGAACUCAAUGAGGAUGCAGACGAGGUCUACAAGGACUAUGUUGAGGGCCAGGAUGAUGAUGAGGAUGAUGAUGAUUUCGAGGACUUUGUCUGA